AUGGAGGAAAGAAAGGUCGAAUAUGUACCGGAAGACGAUGCGCAGCUGGCUCGAAUGGGCCAUAAGCCGGAACUGCAUCGGAAUUUUUCCACCCUUUCUAUGCUUGGCUUAGCGUUCGCGGUGCUUAAUUCUUGGACGGCCCUCUCUGCGAGUUUAUCGAUCAGUCUGACCUCGGGUGGUAGCACCAGUGUGAUCUGGGGUCUGGUAACAGCUGGCACUUGCAACCUGUGCAUCGCAGCCUCCCUGGCUGAAUUCCUCUCGGCAUUCCCAACGGCGGGUGGACAAUAUCAUUGGGUAGCUGUGUCUUGGCCGCAAUGGGUUCCGAUCUUGUCUUGGAUUACCGGCUGGGUUAACGUCGCUGGAUGGGUUGCGCUGGUGGCCACCAACGCCCUUCUUUCAAGCCAGUUGAUUGCGGGCGUAGUCUCCGCGGUUUAUCCGGACUUUGAAUGGCAGCGAUGGCAGCAGUUUCUUAUCUACGUGGGUCUCACGUUGGGCGCGUUCGUUAUUAACGCGUUCAUGAAUUCCGUGCUUCCACUCAUCUAUCGCGGCGCUUUUACUUGGUCGAUUGGCGGUUUUGUUCUGGUUUCCAUCACUGUGCUGGCGUGCGCUUCCCCGGACUAUAACUCUGCCUACUUCGUAUUCUGUGAAUUCGUGAAUCAAACUGGCUGGCCUGAUGGCGUGGCGUGGCUACUGGGGCUUCUCCAAGGAGGACUGGGAGUCACCGCAUUUGAUGCCGUGGUGCACAUGAUCGAGGAAAUCCCGAAUCCAUCCGUUAAAGGACCCAAGGUUAUGUUAACCUGCGUUGGGAUUGGCACCUUCACCGGCUCCGUCUUCCUCAUCGUGCUGCUCUUCGUCGCAGGCGAUAUCACCGACGUGGUGAGCUCAAAAGCAGGGCCCUUGCUGCAGAUACUCCUCCACGCGACCCAGAAUACCGCAGGCGCGAUCUGCCUACUCAUGCUACCCCUCGUUUGUCUGAUCUUCGCCUUGCUUAGCGUGAUGACAACGAGCAGCCGGAUGAUAUUCGCAUUCGCUCGGGACGGUGGCCUCCCCGCCUCGCGCUUCUUCGCGCAUGUCCAUCAGGGACUCGGACUGCCUUUGAACGCACUGGCAUUGACCACAUUGGUCGUGAUCAUAUUCGGUCUGAUCUUCCUCGGGUCUUCCAGCGCCUUCAACGCCAUCAUCUCUUCGUCCGUCGUAGCGCUGGAUCUAUCCUACGCCAUGCCGAUCGCCGUCAACUGCCUCCGAGGACGCAGGUCGUUACCCGAUCGGAAAUUCCAGAUCCCGACUGCGAUCGGAUGGGUGAUUGACAUUAUCUCCCUAUCUUAUAUCGCUCUCACGACCGUCUUGUUCCUGUUCCCUCCUUCUCGGCCGGUGACGGGGAGCAGUAUGAAUUACUGUAUCGUUGCAUUCGGAAUUAUUGUUCUGGUGUCGGUUGUGCAGUGGAUCGUGGAUGGACGCAGGAAUUUCACGGGGCCGAGGGUUGAGACCGAGACCUAG